UUUUUACUGCUGUUAAGUUGACGUUCCCCUCCUCUUCGUGGACCAGACUGGACUAGCUAACUUAACGCUGGAUACUUCACAAGGGCUGGUUUACAGACAUGCACCCACCAUCUCGACAGGAUUAUAUAUCUAUAAGCUUUGCUGGACAAGGAAGUGGAAAUUACAAUAACAGCAAGCAGUGGAGGAGGCAGUCCUGCUGGAGGAAAUGGAAGCAGCUGUCCAGACUGCAGCGGAGCCUUAUCCUCGUCCUCCUGUUUAUUUGUGGAAUCGCUUCCUAUCCUGCUGUUACCGAACACCUCAGAGGCCUUACAGAUGGAGACCACGACACAGACGCCAACAGCUUCUUGAGGCCGGCCAUCCCCCGUGUGCUGCCAGAGCCUGUCAAACAGGGCCAACCACCACUGCCAGAGCAAACCUCCCAGAGGAAAUUGUCCAAUAAGAGAGGACCACCUGUCCUUCAGAACCGUCUUCAGAAGAAGGGAAACGCGUCCGAUCCAGUGGUUGACAAGGCAAGACAAGACAAGGCAGCCAACAGCAAGAAAGAAGGCGUGGAGGAGGGUGUCAUCAGCUGGCGGGGAGCCGUGAUCGACGCUGAGCAGGCCACAGAAGACACUAAGGAUGGGGAAAAUAAGGAGGAUUCACUGGGCAACCAGAAAGGCAAACCAUCAAAUGAGUCAGAACCAAGUAGGCUGGAGGCGGUGCAGGAAGCUUUCAGACAUGCAUGGAAGGGUUAUAAAGACUUUGCUUGGGGCCACGAUGAGCUAAGGCCCCUCUCCAAGUCCUACAGUGAAUGGUUUGGCCUGGGUUUGACGCUCAUCGAUGCCUUGGAUACUAUGUGGAUAAUGGGGCUUAAAAAAGAAUUUGAAGAAGCAAGGGCGUGGGUUUCUACAGAGCUCACAUUCAACAAGAAUGUAGAUGUCAACCUUUUUGAGAGCACCAUCCGCAUCCUGGGAGGCCUUCUGAGUACCUACCAUCUGACAGAAGACACCUUGUUCCUAGACAAAGCUACCGACAUCGGCUCCAGGCUGAUGCCGGCCUUCAACACCCCAUCCAAGAUCCCCUACUCUGAUGUAAACAUCGGGAAAGGCACAGCCCACCCACCUCGCUGGACCUCAGAUAGCACUGUGGCUGAGGUUACAAGCAUCCAGCUGGAGUUCAGAGAGCUCAGCCGCCUCACCCAGGAACCACAGUACCAGGCUGCAGUGGCUGAGGUCAUGAAACAGGUCCACAAGCUGGACGGCAAGCUGGAUGGACUCGUGCCCAUGUUCAUCAACACAAAUAACGGACAGUUCACUCAUCAAGGCAUCUACACACUGGGAGCCCGAGCAGACAGCUACUAUGAAUACCUGCUGAAGCAGUGGAUCCAGGGAGGCAAGAACGAAAACCAGCUCUUGGAGGACUAUCUGCAGGCAGUCGAAGGUGUAAAGAAGAACCUGUUGCAAAAAUCCUCACCCAACGGUCUCACCUUUGUUGGAGAGCUCUCACAUGGACAGUUCAGUCCAAAAAUGGACCAUCUAGUGUGUUUUCUGCCAGGCACUCUGGCCCUUGGUGCCCACCACGGCCUGCCUGCUGAUCACAUGGACCUGGCCAAACAGCUGAUGGAGACCUGCUACCAGAUGUAUGUUCAGAUGGAGACAGGCCUCAGUCCAGAGAUCGUCCACUUCAACAUGCAUCAGGGCAGCACACGAGACAUCGAUGUAAAGCUUGCAGACAGGCACAACCUCCUGCGACCAGAGACAGUGGAGAGUCUCUUUUACCUAUACAGGUUCACCAAGGACCACAAGUACCAGGACUGGGGCUGGGAGAUUCUCCAAAACUUCAACAAGUACACCAAGGUUUCCUCUGGCGGCUAUACCUCCAUCAAUAACGUGCGUGACCCAGACUACCCAAGCCCCCGAGACAAGAUGGAGAGCUUCUUCUUGGGAGAAACCCUGAAAUAUCUGUACCUGCUCUUCUCAGAUGACCCCAACCUCAUCAGCCUCGAUCAGUAUGUCUUCAACACUGAAGCUCACCCUCUGCCUAUAUGGCCUUCCACUGCGUGACACACACACAGGACCUCAAGUGGCAGGUAAAGCUGCACACACAAACAUAAACAUCUCAGGGUUGGUCAAAUACCAAGAUAAUUCCUUCGUCUUCUGUCUCUGUGACUCUGAACACAGGCCACAGAUGGAAAAAGCCUCCUUUUUACUGGCUGAAUCAGUUAUUAGCUAUGUGCAAAUAGCAAUGGAAAAUGUGACAACAAGACUCUGGUUCAGUUUGUGGCCUUGUUUAUGUAUUUGACUGGUCAUUUUUGUUGCAUGGACUUCUGGUAGUGGCAGUAUAUAAUAUAAUAUAAUGGAAAAGCAGAGGAAGGUUUCUGUCCUCCUGACCACCCAUUAGAAUUAAAGAAAAACCUGAUUUUGACUUGAAUCAAAAAUGUCUUUUCAGAUGCUAUGGGGAUGGGGCGGAAUGUCGGGUUGUGCUGGUACAGGUGUUUAAAGCUGCUCAUAGUUUAUAUUUAGCUUACAGCAGUGGAAAUUGAUUUCUGAAAAAACAAUUUCAGUAAUCCCCAGAAAAAUUUCAGGUCUGUGUUUUUAAUCCCUACAUUGCAUCUUUAUUACAAUGGUAAGGUUUCUUAAAGGGCUUUUAAGCCAUUUUGAAACAAAGCUGGUAUCUGCCAUGGUGGCCAGAUACAGGUGCUGGGAGUGACGGUAGGCUGGGUGCCUUUGUAGCAAAACGUUCGCCGACGGCAGCCACCAGAUGUCUGAACUGAAACCAAUCCCUGCCUGCUGCACCUGCAACCUGACCACUCUGCUGACAUGUUUGUACAUGGGGGUGACUCGCAGGGAUGUGAGGAAAAAGACCUUAUUCCUCAUCAGACUUUGUGUAUUAUAGUCAUAAAGUGCCCUGUUUUUCUGUAACCUGGAGGCUAACAUUGCCCUGGUUCCCUCGUCUAAAAGCCUAUGGGAUAUUUCCAUUGGAUUUUGGAUCAUUUCAGAAAAUAAACUCUAAACAUUUAUGAUAGUUAGAUGUUUUGUUCAACAAGAUAAUCUCCACAAAUUAACACCACUUUGUGUUUUUGAAGCCUAAAUGUAAUUGCCAGAAGUAAAACCUAAUGUUAGGCUGAAACAUACUACAUACACUGCUGUUGCGUCGCCUCCACUGCGAGGCUAUAAAGCCAUGUUUGGUACAGUUUGGCGUUUUGAUGCUCUGCAGUUUCAGUAAGCCACAUGUUAACAGACACCUUUUUUAAGACACAUUAAACCGUCAAAAUUCACAUUGGAGUAUUUACUGACGUAUUUUAUGUCGUACAACAAAACAGUCCCCUCAGCUUAUGUUAACCACAGACUUUAUUUAAGACUUCUAACCAAAAACCCUUUCAAAAAACCCACUGACUUUAAGACGAAGGAACUGGGAGUGCUGAAAUGCGGAUUUCCGUGUUUUUGGACUCAUUACUGGGGUACUCUAUGAAGUGCUCUAUCUAUAACUAUUCUCAGAUGCCCUCCCUCUUCUGCUUGAAAACAGGAAAUAAAGCCAAAGCCUCCUGACAGGCCUUGAGCAUGCCCUCAUUCUAUGGACUCUCUGUCCUAUGCUGCGUUCAUGUCUUACAGAAAAUAUGACUUCACCACAUGAAAAUCCCUUACUUUAUCACUACAGCUCAGUUAGCAAACACUGUGUUGAAGUGUUACAGCCAAAACACAUCGCUGUCAAACAGCGCGCAUCAAAAUGGCACAACCCCGCACUGGCAGUGAGUUGCUGCACCUGAAAAAACAAAUUGUUUCUUCAAUUGUUCCUUGCUUACACAUCAUGGCUCCCUUAGCAGCUCCUCUUCUCUGCUCCUAUGACUGCUUGACUCUUAUCUGUGUUUCUUGUGUGUGUAGAAGAAUGGAUGGGUCGAGUUGUUAAGGUCUAACUAUCCCAAGCUCAUUGUUGUAAGGACAAUGGCAAAAGACAUAUUGCCUGGCAAGUCAUAGCUCUGGCGAUUGGCUCCUCAGGUAAGAAGUUUAACUAGAAAAUGCAUUUCCUGCAGAAAAUGCACGUGAAUGCCAAUGGCGAAAGUAAACUGCAAAUAGAGCUGGGUGAUAAAACAGUACGGAUAUCUAUCGUGAAAUAACUUUUCCUUGAUUUAAAUAUGAGACGUAGUCGGUAGAAUGUUAAUAGAACGCAUUCCAGCCAUGUUUUGACGGACGACACGAAAAGCCAAUGAUAACAAGAAUAGCGCAGCGGCGAACCAUUUUGUUUGACAACUGAGUCGUAUGUGCUUCCACAGCGUUUCAUUAUCGCGGCUCAAACAGCUGAUGGUCCAGCAGCAGCGCAGUGAGACAGACAGGCAGGUUUAAUCAGACUUUGGAUGAAUCAUUU